AUGUUUUUAUGUAUUCCUAUAGUAUGCGGUACGCACGAUUGGAACAAACCAUACGACAAUAACCCAAAACAUGCUGGACUAUUCUGCCCGCACUGUCACAACAACAGUGUAUCUCCAAUCAAACGCAGAGAAUUUUUCACAGUUUGGUUCAUACCACUAAUUCCAUUGCAUUGGGGUAAACAAUUGCAUUGUAAUAUCUGUGGCUGGCGUCAAGACUUCAGUAACGAUGCUCAAUUGCAGCAGAUGCUACAGCCAGCUCAAGCCCCACUCCCUGAAAAGCACUAG